UCCCUCUCUCCCUCCUUGCCUCUCUGUCUCACGCAUGCCGUCUGUCUAUCUGGAAAUCCAAGGAGAAGGCUGAUCACGGCAGCUGCGUGUAACACAAACAGCUGGGACUCUUCGGUGGCCUUUGCCGAUGUCUAUUGAUUUAAGUAAAUCUGAGACAGAUAAAAGGGCCAGAUCGAGGCUGAUAAAACCUUGCCAAUGCCGCACGGCUCGAAGCAGCAGCGUGCGCUCGGCAUCUCCGGAGUGCUGCUAGCAAGACGCCUUUAAUGGGACCCCUGGUGCCACUCGCUGCGAGCCUCGCUCUCCCCAGCAGACUCAGCGCUGCGGCCACCAUGCCACAAUGGGCAUAAUCUGGAUCCUGUUCCUGACUCUGUUGCAGGAGCCGUGCUCCCCGGGGCGGGCCGAGGCCGCCGGGGCCGGUGCCCGGCCGCGCCGGGAUGCGGGGGGACGCGGCGGCGUCUACGAGCACCUCGGGGGAGCGCCCCGCCGCAGGAAGCUCUACUGUGCCACCAAGUACCACCUCCAGAUCCACCCCAGCGGCAGGAUCAACGGCACCCUGGAGAAGAACAGCGCCUUCAGUAUUCUGGAAAUAACAGCUGUGGAUGUUGGAGUCGUUGCCAUCAAGGGCCUGUUCUCUGGCAGAUACCUGGCCAUGAACAAGAGGGGCAGACUUUAUGCAUCAGAGAGCUAUAACUCUGAGUGUGAGUUCGUGGAGAGGAUCCACGAGCUGGGUUACAACACCUACGCCUCCCGCCUGUACCGGACUGUGCCCAGCAGGGCGGGCGCCAAGCGCAGAGCCAGCGCCGAGAGACUCUGGUACGUCUCCAUCAACGGCAAAGGACGACCCAGGAGGGGCUUUAAAACCCGCAGGACACAGAAAUCCUCUCUCUUUCUGCCCAGAGUGCUGGACAACAAAGACCAUGAGAUGGUCCGGCUGUUCCACAGCAACGCGAAAUACCGGGAGGGUCUCCUGAGGGCCCCGAGCAGGAACCAGCGCAGAAGGAGAGGACACUGAUGGGGUGGGGGAGCUCGUGGUGGGGCUGGGGGGGACUGGGAGCCUUCAAAGAGCCACUACAAGAACUAACAGCUGUGAUUGUACAGGAGGCAUUAACAGUGACAGGUUUUAUACUCUGUGUAAUAGGACCAAAACCCGCAUCGCUUGCUUUUAGCUGUUGUAGGUUUGUUACCUGUGGGGAAAGAGAUGGGAGGUAAGCUGAGGCACAUUCAAAGGUAAAUUAGCUGGAUGUAAUAAUUUUGCAAUGACUUUCAUGUUUUCUUUUCUUAAAAAAAAUUAUUUCAAGUGUUUUCAUUCUAACUUGCCAUAGGCUAUUAUCUCAGUGACGUUGCCCUCCCAGAUAUUUAACACUUACCAAAUGUAUGUCCUCAGAGAAGGCAUAGUGCUUUCAUAGCUCUUCUGGCCACGAGAGGCUACAUUCUUAUUUUUACAUAAUACAGGAGUUAGAAAACUGGUGGUUUGUUUCUUUAAACAUAUAUUUAUUUUUAUUUUAUGGCCACCCAUUAUCAAUUAUACUUUUUCCAGGACUGUCCAAGAAAAGUAAGAUUGUCAGCUACUUCAAACACUUCCAUAGGCCUGCACAUUACCAGAUCAUCCUUGAUUUUGUAAAACUAAAACUCCAAGAUGCCUGACCUUGUCAUUUAAAUAAAUGAAUGGUGGUAAAGUGGCA